UUCCCCGUCCUCCUCCUCCUCCUCCUCCGGGGCUCCGGUGGGGACGGCCAAGCAGGGCCGAGACAGCGGCUCCCCGGGUCCCGGGGAGGCUAGCGGCGCUGCCGGUGCCGCUGGCCCGCUUUCCCCCUCCCCUCCCUCAUUCCCUGGCAGCCUUCCCCUCCGGUUCCGUGAGGGCAGCGGGCCCGCCAGGCCGCCGUCUCGUCAGGGCUGUGAGGGGCAGGGAAGCCCCGCAAGCCCCCGGCUUGGCGCUGAGAGGACGGAAGGCUCCUGCUGCGGGCAAGGCCUGGCAGCACUCAUGACCGGGCUUGUUUGCGCGCUGUUAACCUUGGCCUUUAGGAGAGGUGUCGGAGCAUGUUGGGUGCCUGCUGGCUCUCUCUAACCUACCUGUUGUCGGGGUGAGAACCUUCGCGGCGUUCUUUGCUUGAACCGUGGGCGAGUGGCAAGCCAGAGACCGGCGGAGAGAGCAGGAGGAGUGGUCCUGAGUUUACAUCCCAGCACGUCGAGGUGGUGCUUUAAGAAAAGCUGAGGAGCCAGUGCCAGGAUGUUUCUCAGGUUACUGUCAGAUGUCCGGUGGCGGGCAGCUAACCCCAAAUGGAGAAGGAUGACCUGCUCCCAGAGAGGCACCUCAACCACAGCAGAACCUCAGCAGGCUCCCUUGCCAGCACGGGCACAGGUUGUCAUCUGUGGUGGUGGAAUCAUGGGCACCUCCGUGGCGUAUCACCUCUCCAAGAUGGGUUGGAAGGAUAUUGUCUUACUUGAGCAGGGCAGAUUGGCUGCUGGUACCACUCGGUUCUGCGCCGGCAUCGUCAGCACAGCCAGGCACGUGUCCAUAGAGCUGAAGAUGGCAGACUACUCCAACAAGCUCUACCAGCAGCUGGAGGAAGAGACAGGAAUAAAAACAGGGUACGUGAGGACAGGCUCCAUUUCCCUGGCUCAGACUCAGGACAGACUGAUCUCUCUGAAACGUGUUGCCUCUUCACUGCAUGUAAUGGGGAUCCCUUGUGAAAUUAUCACCCCCAAGCAAGUGGCACAGCUCCACCCACUGAUCAACAUCCAUGACCUUGUGGGGGCCAUAUAUGUGCCAGAAGAUGCAGUCGUGUCAUCUGCCAAUGUGAGUCUGGCUCUGGCAACUGCUGCCUCACGGAAUGGUGUCCAGAUUCAUGAACGGACAAGUGUCAGUCAUGUCACAAUCCAGAAGGGUCGUGUGACUGGAGUGGAGACUGACAGAGGACAGAUUGGAUGCCAGUACUUCGUCAACUGUGCUGGCCAGUGGGCCUAUGAGCUGGGCCACUCUGGGGAGGAAACUGUCAAUAUCCCAGUCCAUGCCUGUGAACACUUCUACCUCCUGACCCAUCCUUUGAAGGAACCUCUAGCAAGCAACAUACCAACUGUGGUGGACCCCGAUGGCAGGAUCUACAUACGCAACUGGCAAGGGGGCAUCCUCUCGGGAGGCUUUGAGAAAAACCCCAAACCUCUCUUCACGGAGGGACGGAACCAGCUGGAGAUUCACAACCUUCAGGAAGACUGGGAUCAUUUUGAGCCACUUCUGAGCUCCCUCCUACGCCGGAUGCCAGAUUUGGAGGCUCUGCAGAUCAUGCAGUUGGUGAACUGCCCGGAGUCCUUCACGCCAGACAUGCGCUGUGUCAUGGGAGAGUCACCCACCGUGCAGGGCUACUUUGUCCUGGCUGGCAUGAACUCUGCUGGGAUCUCAUAUGGUGGGGGAGCAGGCAAGUACCUGGCAGAGUGGAUGGUUAAUGGGUAUCCCUCAGAAAAUGUCUGGCCCCUGGAUCUGAAACGUUUUGGUGCCCUUCAGAGCAGCCGCACGUUCCUCCGUCACCGUGUGAUGGAAGUGAUGCCUCUGAUGUGUGACCUGAAGGUUCCUCGUUGGGAUUUCCAGACUGGGAGGCAGCUCCGAACUUCCCCGCUCUACGACCGCCUGGAUGCCCAGGGAGCCAGGUGGAUGGAGAAGCAUGGAUUUGAGAGAGUCAAGUAUUUUGUCCCCCCUGGGAAAGAUCUGCUGGAUUUGGAGCAGAGCAAAACUUUUUACAAACCAGACUGGUUUGAUAUCGUGGGGGCUGAAGUCAAGUGCUGUAAGGAAGCAGUUUGUGUCAUUGACAUGUCAUCUUUCACCAAGUUUGAAAUAAGUUCCACAGGAGACCAGGCCCUGGAGUUUCUGCAGUAUCUCUUCUCAAAUGACCUGGAUGUGCCAGUUGGGCAUGUGGUGCACACAGGGAUGCUCAAUGAGAAAGGGGGGUAUGAGAAUGACUGCAGCAUAGCACGACUGAGCAAACGCAGCUUCUUCAUGAUUUCCCCCACUGACCAACAAGUCCAUUGCUGGGCCUGGCUGAAGAGCCGCUUGCCCGAUGACAGCAGCGUGACCAUGGAAGAUGUGACCUGGAAAUACACAGCUCUCAAUCUGAUCGGCCCUCGGGCUGUGGAUGUCUUGUCAGAGUUGUCCUAUGCCCCGAUGACUGCAGAACACUUUCCCUCUCUCUUUUGCAAGGAGAUGAGCGUGGGCUAUGCCAACGGCAUCCGUGUGAUGAGUAUCACUCACACAGGAGAACCUGGAUUCGUGCUUUAUAUCCCCAUAGAGUAUGCCCUUCAUGUCUACAACGAGGUGAUGAACAUGGGGCAGAAGUACGGGAUCCGCAACGCCGGGUACUACGCGCUCCGCAGCCUGCGCAUCGAGAAGUUCUUUGCCUUCUGGGGCCAGGAUCUGGAUGCCUUUACCACUCCUAUGGAGUGUGGACGUGAGUUCCAGGUCAAGCUGGAAAAGGGAAUAGACUUUGUUGGCCAGGAGGCACUGCUGGAGCAGAAGCAGCACGGUGUCUACAAACGUUUCACCAUGUUCAUCCUGGAGGACCAUGACACAGACACGGACCUCUGGCCCUGGUGGGGGGAGCCCAUCUUCCGCAACGGCCGCUACGUGGGCAGGACCACCAGCAGCGCCUACAGCUACACCCUGGAGCGCCACGUCUGCCUCGGCUUCGUGCACAACUUUGAUGAGAAGACAGGCCAGGAGCUGCUGGUGACAACUGACUUCAUCAACCAGGGGGAGUACGAGAUCGACAUCGCCGGGCAGCGCUUCCAGGCCAAAGCCAAGCUCUACCCCUUCAGCUCCCUCUUCACGCACCGCCGCCGCAAGGAUGAGGUGGAACUGAGUGGCUACCAGCAGGAGUAGUGCUGGUGACACCUGACCUGCACCUUUUCCCAAGCUGGAGUCUUCUGCCACCAUCUUCCAGUCUUUUUUUUCCUCUCCUUUCUCGUCUUGCAACUUUUAAACUUUUUCCAGUGUGUUACGUUUUGUAUAUUUUAAACCUUUAAUUUUCAAGCUUUCUCCAUCCUGUCUGUCUCCCUCCUUCACCCCUUUGCUUGCCAGGCUGCCCCAGGCCUCAGUGGAUGAAGCACGGUGCUGAGCAUGCAUCCAGAACUCCACGGGAAGCCUGUGCAGGAGCAAACCCCACCAUAGGCCCUUGCCUGGUGAUGAUGGGAAGGGUUGGGGUGAACCCCUGAGGACUGUGCCCUUCCUCUCUCUCUCUCUAUCUCUGUCUCUCUCUGUCUCUCCUCUGCAGUGUUGAGGCACAGGACAGCAGGUGCUUGCUGCCUGUAGUUCAGAGGAAUGCUGUGGUGUCACCCAUAUCAUAUCACAGAGUGUUAGGGGUUGGAAGGGACUGUGAGAGAUGAUGGAGUCCAACCCCUCUGCCAGAGCAGGAUCAGGGGUGACACACACAGCAAGAGGAUGACCAGCUACCUCACUGGCAGGAGACACAGCCUUGUGUGAGCAGCAGACAAGAGGCAGGUUUGGGGUACAGCCCAGCUUGUUGCUGCCCCUCUUUGUCCACCUUUUUUUGUGUUUAUUUUAUUUAUCUCUAACAGAGAGUCAAGUAGAUUUAACCAUCAGGCCAUUGAGAUCCCAGUAGCACUGGUAAGUUUGUUGUUGGGACUGGAUGUUUUUGUGUGUGGUCACUGAAAGUAAAUGGCCUUCUAGCAGCAUAGUUGAAGAUCAGCAUGUGUGUUUCACUUCUAUAAAGGAACAGGACUGGGGGUUUAUUAGCAAAAAACCUGAUUUCUAACAAGGGCAGAUGUAUAAUGUUAAUGGCAGUGUUGAAAUGCUGCUUCUGUUUCAGCUGCACAGUCCCUUUGGGGAAUUUCUUUCACUUCCCUUUGGUUGUGUGACUUGCUCAAGCUCACCUGGCAAGAUUCCUGUGGACCCUGAAUUUUGGUUUGGGGAACUUGAGCAGCAGGAAGGGACAAUGUCUUGAGUUUCCAGCUGCCCUUGGUUAUUUUGAAAUGAGAGGAAAAGACCCAGCAUUUGUCUCACCCGUGGUGCUGGCAGUACUGCAAGAAAUGCUGGGUUUUCUGCUAGUGCUCAGAGAACUUCUCAGCUCCUCCUGGACCAGAGAAGUUGUCUUCCAUUUUCCUGCUUGAAUCUGUGGCACUUCUUUGUUCUGUCUCUUGGUAGUACCUCAGCUGAAGGAGUUGAACAGAGGGAGUGAAGGAAGUGUGGCAGUGGGAUUAUUGAUUGCUUUUCCUCAGCAAAGCUCUUGGCAUCAUGCUCCUCAUCCUGAUGCUUCAGACACUGCAGCUGGGUUCACCCCUCUCUCCCCUCCUGUGUCAACGUGCAGGCACUGGUGGCAAAGUGCUGGGGGGAUGCUGGGUUGUUUUGCACAUAUUUUCAUCAUCUUUUUUUUUCUUCUUCUUCCCCUUGUGAGAACGAUCAACAGCAAAGAUUCUCUUAAUUUACUUGAAAAAGCUCUGGUAAAUGUUUUCCCUGCCUCUGUCACAAUCUUCCUGCAUCCAGAGUUCUAACACAACCUUGCACUGAUGUCUGCCCUCUCAGCCACGAUGAACACUUUCUCUACAGUCUAGAGCCUUUUUUGAGCACUUUCUUUUCCAGUUAGAUGACACACCAGUAGUGUAAGUACGAGCUCAAAACCUUGCCUGCUUCUUGUUCAGGGUUUGCUUUCUGCUGUGGCUUCAUGUCAUGCCCUCAUUUCAGCCUGGGCUCUUCCAGUUCUUGGUCCAGGUGUUCUCAGCAUGGAGAAGGAAUCAGAGGGCCCUAAUUAGGCAGGAAUGGGGAAAGUCCAAAACCUUUACACCUUAAAACAGGGUGUAAGAGCAAACUUCCCCUCCAAGGUGAAGGCUUGAAUUGGAGAGUCAGGAAAAGGUGUAAGAGAAUUAAGGAUUUGUGCAUGUGGUGUGGUAGGGUUGAACCUAGAUGCCAGUUCUUGGAGCUCGCUCUGAUUUGUGGACAAUGAAUUUCUUCAAGGAUUUCAAACUGGUUUUUUGAAUGGACACUCAAAAAUUCCCCCAUAUCUGAAAUGCAGGACAGCUUUUUGGGGUCUCUCAGCCCAGAGUGGCCCCUGUGUGGCUGCUGCAGAGAUUUCACUGGGUUGUCAUUCCUUCCAAACUCCCCUCUUGUUGCUCUCUGGACUGGAAUUUUGCCUGUUGGGUGAGGGUUUGUUGUUUAAAUGAAAGGUUUAUAAGACAUCUAAUAGCAGCUGAAAAUCCAGUCACCUCUUGCAUGUCUUUCCUGCACAGAGGGAUCCUGUUAUCCUACUGCUCCCAUGCUGGAUCUGUGCACACCAAGGAGGGCUUUGUUCCCUCCAUCAGUUUUAUGGGAUGUUGCUGUGCCUUCCUUACCCAAGGAAGAUGUUCAGCCAAAGAAAGAGUUUUAUAGAUGAUACUUGGGAUGUGUCUUAGAGAAGCCCUUCUGAUUAGGGUCAUUAGGUCUGAUUAGGGUCAUUAGGUCAUUUGGUCUGCAGAGUUAGAACUAGUUCAGCCCAAACUGGAAAGCUGGCAGCAUCCUGUCCUCUACCAGCCACUAGUUCCUGAAGUAUCCUUUAGGUUAUGUUUCUCCUUGUGAUUAUUUUUAAUUUUCCUUCGUUUAUAGUUCCUAAGACAAUGGGUGUCUCUUCCCACCCAAGUUCUGACAGUAAAAUUGCAUUUGAUGAGCUGAUUGUCAUUGUGUCUGCUUAGGUUCAUUUUAUGUCUAGAUCUAUUGACUUUUCAGAACCAAAAACAGAGAGUGAAAAUAACUUUCAGUCACACCAAUAGCACUUCCUAUAAUAUCAUGGUUGCUGCUUGAGAUAAUUGUCAGUCUUGCAGCUCAUUAAUGCCUGCUCUGGCUUUUUGCCCUCUGAGUCCCAGUUCUUGUUUUACACCUGUAAUCUUCAGGAGCUGCUCAGACUUGGCUGGCUUUGGGUUGGGCAGCUGUCUUUAACCUUACAUGAAACAAAGAUUUGCUUCCACCAAAUGGAAUACCUGUUGAGGGGACCUGUUGAGUAUGUUUUAAAAUAGUACCAGGGAAGGACCUUCUGGUGUCACACUUUUCUGUAGAGGUAUUAAACAAUGAGAUAAGGUUCUAAUCCCUUUAUCUGAUGAGUAAAAUUAGAGUACCUGAGGAAAAAAAAAUCAGUUGAAGAGUUAACUUUUAGUUCACCUUCAGAUUAGAAAAUUAGAAGUCAGAAGUCAGUCUUAGUAUCAAAGAUGCUAAAUAACAUGGGCUGUAAAUGAGUCUGAAAACUUCUUUAAAAUGCUUCCUGCUGAGAGAGGCAGUUUGUUCUCCCUCUGCAUGGUCAGACUGUGAACCUUGGGUGGCAGACACUAAAAUAGGAUCCUCCUUCCUCUGCAGCCACAGGGGCAGCAGUCUCACUCUGUGCCAAUCCAGCACCAGCUCUGCCCUGUCCCCCUCACAGACUGGUUUGGGUUGGAAGGGACCUUAAAGCUCACCCAGUCCCAACCCCCUGCAUGGGCAGGGACACCUCCCACCAGCCCAGGUUGCUCCAAGCCCCAUCCAACCUGGACUUGGACACUGCCAGGGAUGGGGCAGCCACAGCUUCCUUGGAAAACCUGUUCCAGUCUCUCACCACCUUCAGAUUAAAGAAUUCCUUCCCCAUGUCCAACCUCAAUCUCCCCUUUCUCUCCAAGUUUUAACCCAUUUCCCUUGUCCUCUCCCCACCCCCCCGUGUCCAAAGCCCUCCCCCAGCUUUCUUGUAGCCCCUUCAGAUAUUGGAAGGUUGCUCUGAGCUCCCCUGGGAGCCUCCUCUUCUCCAGGCUGAACAACCCCAAUCCCUCAGCCUGGCUUCCCAGGGAGGUGCUCAGCCCUCUGAGCAUUUCAGUGCCUCUGCUCUGGACACCUUCCAGGAGCUUCAUGUCCUUCUGCUGCUGGGGACUGGGUAGUGGCAGAGGGGCUGAGAUGAGAUGAGAUGGACAGAGAGUCAUGGUGGCUUUUGGAUGCUUUGCCCAUGGCUCAACCAUUUCAGUCUGGCUUUGGAGAGAGUUUCUCAGCCCUGAACCCCAGCUCAGAGAGCAUUGUCCUCUGCAGCCUCAGUGCUGGGGAGAUGCUGAGGGACAGCAGUGGAUCCAGGCAGAAUCAAGACAGCUUUCUGGUGUCCUUCUGGCACACUUCAACCACAAUGGUUACAUUGUGGGGAAAAAUCAAUAGAAAAAAAGGCAGUUUCCACAUCUGGUGUGGGAAGAAGUUACUUGCAAGGGCAUGAUUUCUUACUUCAAACAGAACACUUUGCUGCUGCUCAUGUCCAGCAAGAAAUUCACAACCUUCAGAUUUGUCUUCCCAAAUGAUUUUAAGAUGACCCAGGUUCAUUUCUGCCUGCUUCUGGAUGCUUUUCUGUUUUAAACAGCCUUUUUCAUAACUGCUUUUUUACUGAAAAACCAACCAACAUCUCAGUCAGGGAACAGGACUUGGAGAAGGAGGGGCUCAUGUCAGCAGAUGACUUCAAGCUGUCUCUAAAAAGCAUUUGGAAAUUUUCUUUGCACUUUAAACGUUCCUUGAGCACUAUGAUUGUAGCAUGCUUGUAGCCCUUGGCUAGGGCAAUCUUUGCAUUGGAGGGAGGAAAGAAAAAACAAACUUGAACUUUUUAUAAAUGCCUUAAAGCUUUAGGGUGAGGUAUCUGGGCACGGGUUGUGCCUGCUCUUUGAUUUUCUUCCUGGAAAGCUGCUUGCUGAGUGUGCAGAGCAGACACAAGUGUUGGCAGCUCUUUCCAGGCAAGCAGUGGGGAUGGUGGGAGCUGCUGCCACAGUCUGCUGCUGGUCUGAGGCUGGAGUUUGGAUUGAACUCCACUACAGGCUGAGAGCCCCCGUGCCUCCACAGCUGUCUGUGCUCACACCUUCCCUUUCUUCUCUUCCCCCCCCACCCCCAGAAAUGGAUUUAUUCACUGUAUUGCUCACACCAUAAUGAGGUUUGGGCUGGCUUGAGACAAAGAAGCUUGGGCUGGUUGUAGAGAAGCAGAAUCACAGAAUGUUAGGGGUUGGAAGGGACCUCUAAAGGUCUUCAAGUCCCUGGGGGACCCUGCAGUUGUCCCCUUGCAUUGAAGGAAACAAAAAUCUCUGCUUGAAUGCUUCCCUGCUGUACCAGGGCAGGAGGCAGGAGAAGUGGGAGUGCAGGGGGUCUUCUGCUGCCUCUAACAUUGGUGGAGAUGGCUCUGGGCCUUCUCAUCUCCCCUUUGUCUCCAAGCUCUGCUGGUUUCCCAGUGUCUGGCUGAAAUCCAGGCCCAACCACAGGUUGUUGUGCUGGGAAGCCACUCCAGGAUGCUUUAAUGUCUGCAAGAAGUGAGGCCUGUUCAGAACAAGGAGUGGUGAAUUAGGAUGGAAGAGAGAAAGGUGUUCACAUGAAUACUGAGUGAUUUGUCAGUGCUGGUGACAGGGGAUUUUCCACAGGGAUGCUGGACACCUGCUACAAGCAGAGCAGGUAGUUGGUGGUUGUCAGCUGUGCCACCUGGGGUGUGAUCCACCUCGUGAGCACAGAGCAGGAUCCCAGGAUGUGGCCGCUCCCCCGGGCACCCCUGGGACUUGUGUGCUGCAAAUCCUUUUCCCUGCUUCACCUCUGGGGGGGACAGGUUUCACUCACUGCUGUCUUCCAGUAGAACCAGAGGCAGUCUCCUCUCCCUGAAGUCCUCAAUAGAUUCUCCUGCAUCCCGUGGCCAGGACAUGGAUGUGCUUCUGCCAGAGGCAGCCCCAGCUGGUUCUUGGGGGAAGGCAGCACUGGGGGUGCCACUGAUUCCAGAGCAGCUGCCAGGCAGUUGGUGAUGGGCACGUUGCCUGCAUCUUCAAACACCUCCUCAGUGCUGCUCCACAGGCAAUUCUGCUCCAUUCCCUGCUCCCCUGACAGCUCCCACCUUCACCCAUCACACAGGAGACCUGAGCUCUGGGGGUGAAGGGCUCCCCACAUCCUGGACAGGUACCUGGGGGAAGUCCAGGGUAGGAUGGCUCAGGGCAUCCCUUCCCCACCAUUGCUUCUGGUUAGCAGGUGCACCAAUUUCCUUGUCCAAAAAACCCCUUCAUGCUUUUGCCAGUCUCCAGAGAGCAGAUUCUAAAGGGCUGGGGGAGGAAUUUGAGAGCGUGCUGCUGCCAGAACUUUAAGAACAACUGAAGUUUGAGCCUGUGGAAACCAUUUUGUUUUGUUUUGUUUUCUAGUGCCUUAUGCUUGUGAAUGUUUUGCAAUGGAUGUAGCUGAGGUGGAACAGAGUGAGGAGCAAUUCAGUGGCCUGGGGUCCCUCUUGUAGCCAUCUCCCUUUCCUCUGGCAGGGCCCCCAGCAGACACCAAAUCAUCUCCAGCAGCUCGGGGAUGCUCCUGCAGGGUUUUGAGAUAUCCAGGCUUGUAGAAAUGAAGUUAAAUUGUAAAACCAGGUGGGUCUCACCUCAGCUGGGUUUGGAUCUGGAGGGGUUUAGGAGGGACAAAGCUGCUCUGAAUGCUCUGGGCUGUGGUGAGGGAAGGGCCCCGUUGGUUGUUCCCAAGCGCACAAGCCAGGGGGGAGUUUGCUGCUCUCCACUGGGGCCUCAUCCUUGUGUUUGCUGUAUUUAUAUCAUGCUUUAAUUUGGUUGGCUUCAAUGUUGCUAGGGUUUGUAUAUUAAUAAAGAAGCAUUUUAACUAC